UUUAACACUGACAAGGACUCACUACUGGGCUGGGAAAUCAGACCUGUCCCCUUCACCUCUUCUUCCAUAGGGACUGUUUGCAGAGAGGCAGUCAGAGCUGAAGAGGGAACAGCUGAGACUUUUCAACUCAGUUUUGCAGGCAGCCUCUCUCUUCAAUAUCAUGGGGGAAAGCUGGCAACAUAGAAAAAACAUCUUCCUUCUCCUUCUCCUGUCUGUCCUUCUCAGGACCACCGUAGCUGUUCCUGAGCCCCAAAUGCAAUAUGUGGCAGUGGUACCCGGCAGAAUCUACUUGGAGACCCCUGAGAACUUCUGCAUCCAGAUAAAUAAUCUGAAGGAAACAGUCAGUUUGACUCUUUCAUUGGAAUCCAAUAUCCAGGAUUUGAUCCUGAAUAAAAUGACGAUAGAAGGGAAAGAUGUAUUUCAAUGUGUCCCUUUCCAGAUUCCCAGGUCAAGCAACAUUUUGCCAUCAUCCGAAGUCAUUCUCAGCUUGAGAGCACAGGGGUUGACCCAACAUUUCUGGAGCCGCAAAAAAGUGUGGAUUGAGAAACCAAAGCAUCUGGUUUUCAUCCAGACAGACAAACCAAUCUACAGAGCAGGACAGAAAGUUCAGUUUCGCAUCGUCUCUAUGGAUAAAGAUUUCCGUCCCAUGAAGAAGAAGUUUCCAGUUGUGUACGUUCAGGAUCCCAAAAACAACCAGGUGUUCCAAUGGAGAGAUGUGGAGAUUCCAUUGGGCAUAAUCCAGCUUUCCUAUUCUCUGUCUUCUGAUCCCCUCUUGGGCACCUACAAAGUGGUGGUAGAGGAAGACUCCACGAAAGUUGUAGAAAACAGCUUUGAUGUGGACGAAUAUGUUCUGCCCAAAUUUGAGGUUUUCGUGAAGGCCCCGAAGCUCAUCACGGUUAUGACUAAGCAAAUAGAAGUCAGUGUGUGUGGCAGGUACGUGAUGCUCAUCUACUCUCUUUUUCCAAUUGUGAGUAGAGAAGGUGCAAUAUAUUCCUGGUGUUUGUUCUGAUCCAGCCAUCGCAAGUAAUGAUAGUCCACUUACCCAUGAGUAAAAGAACCCCCUUUUCAAAAUAGAACAGAAACAGUAACGAAAAUCAAACAUAAUUAGUCCCAACAAACCUGGCUCUGUCCAAAGAAUCUGGAUUGUCUGUGACAAUCAGUCACUCCCAAACCCCUCCUAUUUAUUUCCCAGCCAGGGAGCGGCUGGCUAGCACCUUCAUCGGCUUUUCCCUGAGAGCCGGCAUAUUGCUUUCCUUUGCUCUCCUCUCCUUUCUUCUAUGCACAUAGGCGCAUCUGGGAUGAGCCCCAUCUGUUCCUCCCCCCCUCAUUCAAUUCAAGCAUGAAAGACAGCUGCCUCUCCACCUGGGGUGGGGUGGGGGGGCGGAAGACCCUUGCUCUGAUGCUGCUUUCUUAUCAGAGACCUCCAAAGGCUCUGAAGCUGGCCCAGGCCCUCCCUCAACCUCCUCUUUAUCUGACUCUGCUACUAGCUCUGUUGGCAGCCGACGGCCCACAACAGCAGAUGAAAGGGAGGGCAGAAAAUCUAUUCCUGUUUGGGUUUUGCUCGCUUCUUUCAUAUAGGUUUUUUGACAAGACACGAAGGUGGCUUGAUGCUGUUUUCUUCUGACAUUCUGAGAAUGUCUGAUUUAAUUUCCCCGCCAGGGAUCUCCUGGUGGCCAAAUAUUGAACAGGCCGUAUCCUGCUCAGAGAUCAUCUAAGGUUGACUUUGCAUUGAUACCUUGUGGGGCAUGGAUUGAAAGGCAUGAUAGUGAUGAUGAUGGUAGAAAUUUACUUCCUUCUGAAGGAAACCGGAGAAGAAGAAUAAAAACAUCUUUCAUAAGAAAUAAUAAGAUACAAUAACCCAUAGAUAGAAAUAUACCUGGAAGCUCUGGAGGUAAUAAACCUAACUGAUAAAUAUUGAGGAAGCUUGUGAGAGAUGUAUAACAGUAUUAAGCAGAGUCCUAAUCAGGUGGUUAUGUUGAAAGGCUGGGAGAACAAGGGUUGUGUAAACAAA